ACAUAAGAGCAAAAAAGCAGAGGAAAAAACUAGUUUUUGCCAAAAAGGGAACAAAAAAAAAAAUAAAAUAAACCAGCGGGCGGAUUACAGACAACAAGCAGCAAAACGAAUUGAAUUCAACCGAACCAACUCGAGUCCCGGGAGAAUCAAACACUGUUUAAAACAACCGCGCUGAGCCUAGGGAUGGCCCCCUCUCUCUCCCAGGCGUAUAGGAGGCGAUGGUGGAUGGCUGGCACAGCUGUGAUUGAGAACCUGCUCUUCUCUGCGGUGCUGCUGGGCUGGGGCUCCCUGCUGAUCAUGCUGAAGAACGAGGGCUUCUACUCUCACCUGUGCACAGAGAACGUAACCAACCAGUCGUGGGGGGAGGACCUGAGCUCGGCGUGGCCCUCCCCGGCCCCCACCAUCUGGCUCAGCUGCGUGGAUCAGGAGGAGAUGCUGAAUCUGGGCUUCACCAUCGGAUCCUUCCUGCUGAGCGCCGCCACGCUGCCCCUGGGCAUCCUGAUGGACAGGCUGGGGCCCCGCCCUCUGAGACUGCUGGGGAGCGCUCUCUUCGCUCUCUCCUGUUCCAUGAUCGCUGCCUCAGCCUACGACCCCCCAGUUCUUUCAGCUCUGAUAUUUCUUGCUCUCUCCCUCAAUGGAUUUGGAGGAAUCUGUCUGACCUUCACAUCCCUGACGCUCCCCAACAUGUUUGGUAAUCUCUCCUCCACUCUGAUGUCUCUGAUGAUUGGAUCCUAUGCCUCGUCCGCAGUCACUUUCCCGGGAAUCAAGUUGAUUUAUGACGCUGGGGUCCCCUUCACUGUCAUCAUGUUCGUUUGGUCGAGUCUGGCCUGCCUCGUAUUCUUCAACUGCUUCCUCAACUGGCCGGUCGAGUCGUUCCCAGCGCCACAGGAGACCAACUACAUUAAGAAGAUUAAGCUCAGUGGGCUGGCUCUGGAUCACAAGUUGACAGGUGACAGGUUCCACAGUCACGUGAGCACAGUGGGUCUGCGUCUGAGUCAGAAGAGCCCCGCGGAGAGCAAGGAGUUCAUCUCAUCCGGGGAGAACGUAGACAAACCGGCAGACAACGUGCACGCCAUCCCGUUCAGACGCAGUGUCUUCUCUCCUAUCUUCCUGUGGAGUCUCAUCACGAUGGCAAUGACUCAGAUCAGAAUCAUUUUUUACAUGGGAUCCAUGAACAAGAUGCUGGAGUUCCUGGUGAUUGGGGGGCAGGAGCACCCGUCGGAGGAGAGGGCAAAGGAAGCUGAAGAGACAGUGGGGUUCUACGCCUCCGUGUUUGGCACGCUGCAGCUUCUCUGCCUCAUCUCCUGCCCUCUGAUCGGAUACAUGAUGGACUGGAAAAUGAAGGAGUGCGAGGAGCAGACCAACGGAGAGAAAGACAAGGAAAGCUCUGAUCCCAACGCACACCAGAAACCAAGAAGAGACAAAAAGAUUCAGAAAAUCACCAACGCCAUGAGAUCCUUCACCUUCACAAACAUUCUGCUAGUGGGGUUCGGAAUCACCAGUCUGAUAGAUAACCUGCCUGUACAGAUUGUUUCGUUCAUUCUUCACACGAUGGUUCGAGGUUUCAUCCAUUCCUGUUGCGGGGGUCUGUACGCUGCAGUGUACCCCUCUAAUCACUUCGGGACGCUCACAGGGCUGCAGUCUCUCAUCAGCGCGCUCUUCGCUCUGUUCCAGCAGCUUCUCUUCAUAGCCAUGGUGGGACCACUGCAUGGAGACCCUUUCUGGAUUAACCUCAGCCUCCUGCUCUUCUCACUGGCCGGAUUCCUGUUGCCGGGAUACCUGUACUUUCACUGCAGAACCUUGGUGAAGGAAAUGCAAGCCAAGGACGGGACCAACCAAUCAGGAGAGGCUUUGAGGGGUCACCAUAGCAAUGGCCAACUGCCAAACAGUGACGCCUAGUCAGGAGCACCGAGCCAAAGAUUGACAAUAAUAAUAAUAAUAAUAAUAAUAAUAAUAAUAAUAAUCUGAGCCUUUGUGAACUUCCCCUGGGGAAUUGUGAACAAUUUUUGGGAAGUUUUAUCAAAUCUUUUUAAAGCUUGAAGAUGAAUUGAAAUCUUUUUUUUUUU